ACAAGAACCUUCAGAACACCACCCCUGCAAUAUGUUGGAUUGUACAACAGCAUUGCUUUUGCUCAAGCCAUGAGCUAAUAAUAACCUCGUGGCGUUUUCGCGACCUCAUCCACAUCUCAAAACUCAAUAUCUUUCCUUCACCAUUCUUGACAUCCUCCCCUCCCCUAACAUCAUAGUAAAAAUGGCGGCUCCAUACCUAAAUCUUGAAAUCAAACAAUACGGCGACUUCGAGCCGUCCAGUACUUGCGUCGCAGUCUUUGGCCUCAUCACCGCCCUUGUUAACCCGUCCUCCUCCGCAACACAGCCAACACCUCUCUCUACCGCGCACGCAAUAGACGCCCUCUACACAAAACUAACAACCGAAGAUGCCACCACCGUUCCCGACCCCACAACCGCCGAUCCCGAAAACUUCCUCUGGAACCUCUGGGACACAUUCCUCGACCUCGCGUGCCAAGUGCCUUCUACCCACCCCUCCUCACCCCUCCUAAUCCACUUCAUCAAAUCCCUGGCCUCCCUCUCAUCUGACCGCAUCGCGUCCGUGUGGGGCACCGAAUCGCGACUCUGGCAAGACCUGCCAUUUCUAAAGCAACUCGCGCUGGAAGAGGUAAAUGGAAUCAACACAGAGAUCUUACCUUCUGAUCCGAAUUUCGACUGGGAGAGAGGACGAUGGGUCUCGUUUCACCACUUCGCGGCGCAUCUUUCGCACUUAAAGCUGUGUAAGAAUAGUGACUUCACAUUUUACGCGCUGUACGAGUUCCGCGAUGUGCUUGCGGAACCACCGUACCCUACUCCGAAUCCAGCAGGCGGCCCCGUCGAGAUUCUUGAUUUCCGCGCCCCGGUCGCUGCUGCAUGGAUUUUGAUUGCUGGGAAAGAGGUUUUUGAGAAUGAGGAGGUGACGGUUAAGAAAUGGAGUUUUUGGCAACGCCGAUUUAGGGAGAUUGGGCAGAUGCGUGAGGUUGGCGAGGACACAAGGAAGGUUGCUCUUGAUGCGGCAGGAAAAAUGGAGAUGAUUGCUGACGAGGCACGGGCACGACCAGACCCCAACCGGGGCGAUCGAUCAUAACCAUGAACCAUUAUCUGCCUUCAGAUGCACGAGGGAAGCACCAGAUGGAUGGAACAUUAUCAAUUACGUUUGUUUCCGUGGUAUAGUUACUUGGCUUUCCAUGCCAUUGGUUCCUCAUGACGGUUCAAUUCUCCUUCCGAAAACCCCUCAAUG